CCAAAACACAAAAUGGCAGCCUCUAAUGGCACUUUGCCCUCUGAACUCUCCGCCACGCUUCUCAAGAUCGCAGAGGUUUGCCCUCGUAUCGAGAACUGGGCCUCACAACCUUCCCCGCCGGAUUCACCACUGAUUGACCUAGUGAAGGAUCGUGUUCGACAGUUAGUCGCUGCGGUAGAAUAUUUCUCGACACACAUCACGCAUCUGAACGUGGAUCUGCAUCAUGCCUCAACCCAUACCCACGAGCUGCGCCUUGUGAAGGAGCUCCUCAGCGAGGCUUUAUCUCUCCUCGACCUUUGCACAGAUCAAAACAUUAAACUUUAUGGCGACGAUGGUGCGAUCAACGCGGUAUACGCAUCGAUGUUUCUCGUGGGGGGGCCACAUCGGGUAGACAGUGGCGAGACUGUUUCCGACAAGGUCAAGAGGCUCCGGUUAGCUGACGAGCUCACUCAACUUGUCUCUCCGUGGUCUGGUCCAUGUGCAACGUCACGCAACUAUCGAUGGGGCUUGCCAUCAGCAGCACCUCCUCCUCCAUCAGUUUUUGCCAUCGAGUUAGGGCCAAAAUUUGCUAGUUUUAUCGAUCGUUACAUUGAUGCAUUCCGUCCACGGUACAUCCACUCCUACUCGGCGUCCGACGCCCCUCCUUACAUUGUCGACAAGUCGACUGUUCCCGCUUCCGGUAGCUUCGGAACCGUCCGAAAAGCUUUCCACAAAACGACUGGCGAAUCCUUUGCAGCAAAGUCGUUUCAUAACAUUUUAUCUCAUCGGGAUCGAAGUAAGAUUCUAAGAGAGGUCGGCUGCCUAGAGCUUUGCGUACACCGCAAUCUCAUCACCUUAGUUGAAGCAUUCAAGGUUCACGACGAUCCUCAUACAAUCACUAUUGUUAUGGCACCCUGGGCACCCUCCACGCUCUGGAACUUUCUUCUUACCACUGAUGCUCGCCGAAAGAUCGAAUUCCCGUGGUUCGAGCCGAAUGUUAUAAGCUCUGGUCGUUGCAUCUACCACAUAAUGCUUGACAUUGUUGCCGCCAUUGCCUUCCUCCAUGAGCGGUCGAUCAAGCACAAGGAUAUAAAACCACAGAACAUUCUUCUAUACAUAGAAGAGACAGGUACUAUUAGGCCUAUCGUCACAGACGUUGGAGAGACCAAAGUCUACAGAGCUGGCGCACCUACUGAUCCCAGGAGGUCUUCUUACGAAUAUCUCGCUCCCGAGCAGCUGUUAGAGACUGAAGACAUGCAAAGCAGCCUCAAGGCAGAUAUAUGGCAAUUAGGAUGCUGCUUUGCCAUGCUACUUGCCGUCACAAGGUCUGGUUUAUCGGGUCUCGAGAAACUGUGGAAUAGUUUCACAAAUACCGCCGAGAACUCUUCUUGCAAUAUUGCAAACGAGUCUGUGCAGUUCAUGGCCACACUCCACGACAUCUAUUCGCCUAGAUGCAUUCCACAGGAACAUACACACUGGGUCGUGACCCGUAUGUUAGACAAAAAUCCGAUGACUCGAUUUGACAUUCAAGAUGUCAGGGUGGAGCUUGCAAACUUGAACGAGGGGGAUAGUCACAUUGUUUAAACGAUUAAAUAAGGUUUAAAUAUUGGUAUUUUCAGAAAAGCGAGCAGGACUAGUGCCAAUAAGAUUCUCUGCUAUUUCGGCACUUUCUAACCCAUUUCUCCCACCCCGAAUCAUGACCCUUGCGAUUGCUGUUUUCUAUUCCUGCUAGAUAUUUACCAGUCUUUGGAGCGGUUCAAUUAUAAUGUAACUAUAUUGGGCAAGAGGCUUCGAGUACAAUUAAGCCAUAUAUCCACGCACGAUAGCGCUAGGGGAAUACAAACGAUGUAGCCGCUUCGGAGUCAGGAAUCAGAACUAUUUGAGGACUCUUUCUUAUCUUAAUGAGGUAACCUCGAAUGAAG